AUGAAGUCUUCAUUGGAUCAAGAUGUCUCCUUUCGGAGGAGACUCGAGGAUUCUGCCCUCUUCGUCCUGAAUGUCGCCAGAACCCCUCAGCUCUACCUCGACCUCUAUCUGGACCGUGUCCGCACAUAUUUCUUCUCCGUCAUUUUCAUUUCACUCAUUCUGUCAAAAUGCUUCCAUAUUAGCGUUCACCUCACGGCCCUAGAGGUUCCAUCUCUCUUCCCCUGGGGUCCCACGUUCUUUUUGGUGGACAUCCUCCUCAUUCUGGUCGCGUGCUGCCUGACCCGUUCAUUCGAAUCGCGGAUUUUGCGGAAUGUAGCCGCCGUUGUCGCUCUUUUGUCCAGUCUAAUUCUCUCGACGAUGGCCUCCGCCAACAUCUCCUAUUACGUCCAUACAGGCGCGGAGAUCCCCUGGUCAAGCUCGGAAACCUCUCAGGACAAUCCCACCGCUGCCCAGACUAUGCUGUCCGCGUUCGCUGUCGCUUUCUUCGUCGACGCCUUCAUCAUGAUCGGUGCAUACUUCGCUACGCCAUGUCUAUUUCAAGCUACCGAAUCUUUCCUGGAGAUUUGGGUUUCGUUUUUGUUCUCCCCUCUCCGCCGAUAUCUUCGACGCAGAAAGACCCCGUUAGAUCCAGAGACCUAUCAGCAGAUUGAAAUCGAAGACUACGACGAGAAUAACAACGACAGCGACUCUGUAUCGCAACUCGAGACACCCCAAGGUCCACCCGAGGAGAAGAAGAAGCGGUCGUUGCUGAAGCGUAUUGCCGUCCUGGGGUGUGGCUUGAUCAUAAUUUUGCUCAGUUUCGUUCGUCCACGCAAUACGGAUUUCAGUUAUCUCUCCGAAUCCCUGCCUCUCGCCCCGUUCAGCAACCUCGAGUAUUCGCCUGCUCAUGAACGUCCCACGUCGUCGAAUGGAGAUACCGCUCCUGACACUGCUCCUCAAAAUCCUCCUCAAAAUCCUCCUCAAACUCCUCCUCAAACUCCUCAAACUCCUCCUCAAAACGCCCCAACAACUGCCUCGUCAGGUGCUCCAUCAAGUGCCACCUCGUUACCGGCCGACUUCAGCUGGUUGGAAGACCGCACCGCUCUAGACUACUUCCCCACAUUCGAUUGGUUGCCCGCGUACAAUUCGUCAGAGGGCCUUCCAGAUUGGUCUCCUUUCCGUGUCAAUAAGCACAAGAAGGAUGACUAUGUGUAUGAACACUAUAAUCCACUGAACGAUCCCCUGCACUUCCCAAACCUCCAGAAUGACAUUUUGGAGCCUAUGCGUGAAGUUCUCCACAACGGAAGUGUGAAGAUUAAGCAUGUCAUUCUCGUCAAGUUGGAGAGCACUCGGCAGGACGUGUGGCCCUUCCGCAACAGCUCCUACAUCAUGAAGCAUAUCCAUGACUCCUACCCCAAUGGUAUCCCCAGUGAUGUCCAGGAGAGGCUCACUAAGCUCACCCCUACGGCCGAACGUUUGACCGGAUUUGAGACCGGAUUCAGUGAGAAUAAGCCGAAGCCCUAUGGUGGUUUCAGUGCGAGAAACGCUUACACCUCCGGAACCUACACCCUGAAGAGUCUCACGGCCACUAUAUGCGGUGUGAAUCCUAUGGCUGUCGAGGCUAACCUCGAGUACCUGCACGAUAUUUACCAGCCCUGCUUGCCGCAUAUCCUCGACGCAUUAAACGCUCAGCCAAAAACCACCGGCGAGACAAAUACCAAUCAGACAGAUGAAUGGGCUUCCUGGCCGUGGUACACUGCGUGGAUGCAGACACACUCCGACGCCUGGGAUAACCACUUUUUGCUUUCUCCUCAUCUGGGAUACCAGAAUGUCAUGGCAAAGAGAACAAUCGAUGCGGACGGUCUCAAAUAUAUCCCUAAUGAGUCAAAAGAGGAGGAGGAACAUGGUCACGAGGAUAAGCUAAUGAAAAAUUAUCUUCGCGAUGUCAUCGAGGAUUCGAAGAAGAACAACACUCGUCUCUUCCUUAGCACCCUAACACAUCAAACACACACUCCUUAUUAUAUGCCUGGCAAGUAUAAGGAGAUGCUGGGGGAUGUGUCGACUGAACAGAGGGAAAGGUUGAACCGAUACCUAAAUACCAUUCACUACCAGGAUGAGUGGAUAGCCGAGCUCCUGGAACUUCUCGAAGAUACCGGUAUUGCCGAUGAAACUCUUCUUGUGAUGACUGGUGACCAUGCUCUAUCACUUCCAAAUGACGGUGGCAUCACGGCCUGGCAUUCCUCUCACGCCGGCAAUUUCCACGUGCCGCUAUACUUCGCCCACCCUAAACUGCCCCAGAUGGACCUCGGAAAUGCUGCUAUUCUCUCUACCCAAAUUCUCCCCACCAUCCUCGACCUCCUCCUCGAAACCAAAUCCAUCGAUGAGCAGGGAGCCAAGAUCAUCGGCGAUCUACUCCCCAUGUACGAGGGCCAGUCGAUGAUCCGCCAACUUAUCCCCGAGAAGGACGGCAAGAAGGAAUGGCAGUUCUCCACUAUGAACCCCGGAGGAACAUGGUUCACUGUGCGCUCGGCCUCACACCCAUACCGAUUGGUCGUGCCUCUCAAGUCCGACGGCAGGUGGCGAUUCACCGAUGUCAACUCUGAUCCAUUCGAGCUCAACCCUGUGGAAAACCACCAGCUCAUGUUCCUGAGCGAUGUCGUGCGGAAAAAUAAUGGUCCCGAGGCCGUGGAGUGGCUCGCCGAGGCUGCCCACGCCGCCCACUGGUGGGUUAAGGAUAACCAUCGCCGCUGGAAAUUCGAUCCUAAGAACCCCAAAAACGACGCCUGA